AUGGCAUGCAUUCUCCUCUAUAGCCGAGUUGCGCCGUCUUCAUAUAGGCAUACAAGGACAUGCAUUUGCUUAUUCUCCCUAUCUCUAUCACUAUCAUAUUUAUGCUACUGUCUCUUAUUUUCUUCUGAUGCCAUCAUGCAAAAACCAAGUGAUCCAACGCAGAACUGCCUGCGCCUCAGGAGUGAUGGGGGCAAUAAACUUAAGCAAAAAUCUCCGUACUGCACUUUGCCAUUGGACGCGAGAGGAACAAGGGAAAUAUCUCUCCAUGAAGCGAACCAAAGCAAAGCCUCUGUUCAUCUCAACACAGUUCGCAAUAACACAUCAGACCGUACUACCACUAACAAGAUGGGCAGUGGAAAGUUCGGGAAUAAGAAGUUGCCAAAUGCCAUCAUUGUCGGUGUUAAAAAGGGCGGCACAAGAGCGGUCUUGGAGUUUAUAAGAAUCCAUCCGGACGUACGGGCGGUCGGUACAGAAACGCAUUUUUUCGACAGGAACUAUGACCGUGGACUAGACUGGUACAGAUGCCUGAUGCCACGGACUAUGGAGAGCCAGAUCACCAUGGAGAAGACGCCCAGUUACUUUGUGACGAGGGAGGCGCCUCGCCGGAUCUCCGCCAUGUCCCGGGACACCAAGCUGAUCGUGGUGGUGCGCGACCCUGUCACCCGGGCCAUCUCUGACUACACGCAGACCCUGUCCAAGACACCUAACCUUCCCAGCUUCCAGGAGCUGGCCUUCCUGAACCAGAGCUUAGGAUUGGUUGACACAUCUUGGAAUGCCAUCCGCAUCGGCAUGUAUGCUCUGCACCUGGAAAACUGGCUCCGCUACUUCCCCCUGUCCCAGAUCCACUUCGUCAACGGGGAGCGGCUCAUCACGGAUCCAGCUGGAGAACUGGCGCGGGUGCAGGACUUCCUGGGUCUGAAACGUAUCGUCACGGACAAACAUUUCUACUUCAACAGGACCAAAGGUUUCCCCUGCCUGAAGAAACCGGAGAGCAGCAGCUCACCCCGCUGCCUGGGAAAGUCUAAAGGUAGAACCCACAUUCAGAUAGAUCGGGACACUAUCGAGCAGCUACGAGACUUCUACAGGCCAUACAAUGUCAAGUUUUACGAAAUGGUGGGUCAUGAUUUUCGAUGGGAAUAGAGAUUUGUGGGGAUGUCCACAGUUUACAAGUGGAACAAGGAGAGACAAGAUGUCAUCCAUGAAUGUACACACAGUUUAAACGUUUUUUUUGUGUGGUUAUAUGGACCUCCUGUUUGGCUGUUGGUAUGAGUGUGGGGCUAGCUAAAGUCAUGGGUUCAAGUCCCACAGGGAUCACAUACACAUAUUUAAACAGUGCAUUCAGAAAGUAUUCUGAGCGCUUGACUU